CGGCCAUUCGAGUGCAGUGAUGUCGACUUUACUCCGAGCGACGGCCCGUACCACGAUGCUGAGGCAAUCCCCUGCAGCCAUCAAGGGUGUGCGGGGUGUGCAUAUUGAGAACACUGUUUAUAAUAAUAUGCCUUUCCAAUACAGGAAUAAAAAGGCGUUCGCUUUUAAGACUGUCGCAUUCCUCGGUUUUGGCUUUAGCAUUCCUAUCCUUGCCGCUGGGUACCAGUUACGCAAAGCUGCUGCUGCUGCUUCUGAGGCAUGAAUAAGUAAUGGGUCACUGGCCAAAGGGUCUUAAUAAAGAGUUUUCCUUGCACAUUGAUUUCAUGCUGUGUCGCUUGUCAAGUCCCGGAGCAUCCUGUGUGGCACGCGUUGGCGGACGUUGUAACUUCGCAGACUACUUGCAUAGACCCGAGUGACUGAUUCCUAUCCCGAGCGUCUUCCACCAUCUGCUAGUGCGUACCUGGUGCCGUCGCCACCAAUCUUACACAACUCUAAGUCCAUGCAAUGUGGAGAUGUUGACUGCACUGUUGUGCCGCUGAAACUGUUGUGUUCUUGGCUUGACCAGAAGCAUAGCCAUGUGCACGUCGCCGCAGUGCACCAGGGACUGAGACAAACCCCUACAUAUGUAUUUUAAUUUGAUACUGCUGUGUUCAUGGG